GUGACCGCGCUGAGGGCGGCGCGCGCCUCCUUUUCUUCAGACCCGUUACUCACGAGACGCAGAACAAGCGGAUAGAACAGAAAAGAAAAAAAAAAACAAGAAAAGCAAGAAAAACACGGCAGAGAUUUUGCGAUGGUUCACAAAACGGAGCGGUUUAAAGUAAUUUCUCUCAUCAGAUGCUGGAUUUCACUCAUGACAUUCACAGCGGUGUCAUGGUGUGAGGCCGUGCAGGUCUCAGUUCGUGAUGAGCGCCGCUUUGCGAUGCUUUUCCAGUCAGUGGUUCUGCCAUGUCAUUACACCAGCAUCUCUUCUCAGACUCCAGUCAUCCAGUGGUGGUACAAGUCAUACUGCCGUGAUCGCAGCCGCGAUGCCUUCCGCUUCCCUGACACGCUGGCUGUCCACGGCUCUGAGCUCGGCUCUUCUGUUCACCUGGACUGUGGGGACAGCGGGCGGACAGUGCGCAUUGUGGCAUCUGGACAGGGAUCGUCCAUCACCCUCGCUGAAUAUUACAAGGGCCGUGACAUUUCCCUCAUCAACAAGGCUGACCUGCGCAUAGGUGAGCUGCAGUGGGGUGACAGUGGUGUUUACUACUGUAAGGUGGUGAUUUCUGAUGAUCUGGAGGGACAGAAUGAAGCACAUGUGGAGCUUCUUGUGUUGGGUCAGACAGGUUUUGCCGAUGAUCUUCUGCCUGGAAUUAAUGUGGAGAUUGUUCCAGAGUGGGUGUUUGUGGGCACCGUGGUCAUGGGCAGUAUCCUUGUCAUUCUGCUGGUGGGUGUUUGCUGGUGUCAGUGUUGCCCUCAUUCAUGCUGCUGUUACGUGAGAUGCUGCUGCUGCCCAGAUACCUGCUGCUGUCCUCGACACCUAUAUGAAGCAGGAAAGGGAAUCAAGUCAACACCUCACACACCAGUGCCUAUGUUCCCCUCAUACUACAUACCUGGGAUGCCCACCAUGGUGCCUAUUGCUCCGCCUUCCCUCAUUGACCCAAACCUGUCCACUGCACCAUCACUGGAAAACAAUGGCUCAGUGUGGAGUGGUUUCCAUCUGCAGCCUGUGUCAGAUGAGAGUUCUCUGAAAGUGCUGCAGUACGUGGAGAAGCAGCUCGCUCAGUUCAACCCAUCACAGACUCUUAGCAGCAGCCGAAACUCCUGCAGUAAGUCUGAGCUGAGUUCCUUACAUGAUGCAGAAACAAAUUUCCAUCAAACCUAUCGACAAGUCCAGAAAAAGGCUUUGCCUGCCAUUCCUGAUCUUGAUGACCUCCAGACUACAGAUUUAUCUCCCAUUCAUGAGCCAGGAUGCACUCAACAACCCCAGCAUAGAAAUCAUGUAGCAGAUGAAAACCCCAGGUGGAACCCUCGCUCAGAGCACUUGCAGAGGAAGGCUUUCCUGGAACGUGGACGGACAGGAUCUUUGGAUGAGCUUGAGGAGUUUACUAUGGCAUUUAUGCAACAAGGACAUCACAAUGAUCUUGGAAACAGGGAGGGUGACUAUAGAGCAAACAAACUGGAAAAGGAGCGCAAGAGGGAGAGAAACCGGGAGCUGGAACGGGAUCGUUACCGAUUUCAUUGUUCAAAGCAUAACUCUCCGAAGGCCAGUCCAGUGAGAUGUCCACCCGGCCCUCCGCUCUUACCUGGAAAAAGACGGGACCCAUGUGACAAUGGUCAACCCCAAAGGAAUACACGAAAGUGGGAUAAGAGCAGAAGAGUUUUCAGUGGUAGAGGGAGCAUGCAGAACUACAGUGAUGCCCUUCUCAACAGCUCAUUAGAACGUAAAGCUAAAGCAGUCAAAAGCUGUUCUUCAAAAGUAGGACAGGCUGAAGAGGACUUAGACACACCUGCCAAAAAUAGCUCCAAAAAGAGUAUUGAAGGUUUCCACAGCAGGUCUCCAUGCAACCAGUCACCUCUUGACUGGAUGGCAGAGGAUAAUGAAGCAUUACCAUCCCACACAGAGAAGGAACAGGAGUGUUCCCGUGGAGCAGAGUCUCGACAACAACCUUUCAGCUACAUAGGCUCUGGUCACGGCUCUAUGCCAAGUGGGCAAGAGGAGCAGAACCGCCCUCGUAAAGUGACAUUUUGUGAUGAACAAAGUGUGCAGUUUGAUUCCGACCUAGGUCUUUCAAUCACGGUUCAAUUUGUACCUCGAUUUGACGACAGAAAAUAAGCUGUAUACAGGUAAAAAAAAAUGUCAAAUUAAACACAUCUCUGCAUGCUUCUUAAUUCCUCCCCAAAAUGUAUUUGGAGCACAGCUUAAACUGUAUAUAAACUCCUAACCCAACUAAUGUUACAGUGGUUCAAGAAAGCACUAGUUUGAAGCUAUAAAACCUCUAUGUUAGAAAUGUUAUGAGUAUGAAGCUAAAGUGCUCCAUUUAUGUGUAUAAAUACCAAAGACUAUAUAACACCCAAGAUGUGUCACUCGUAUAGUUUUGAAUGGGGAAAAAUGUAACACUCUAUAAACCCUUUUUCUGUUAGUAAACAUUGUGACAUUUUUCUGUUGGCAGAGCUAAGGUGGUGGCAGAAAAAGCCCCCUGAUCGCACUAACACUAGCUAUGAAUAACAGGAGAAAUUCAGAUUUUAUCUGCAUACUGUAUGUAAGGCCACUUACUGUCCAGGACUGCAAUUGUUAUUUGAAAAGGUUAACUAUAAUGAACGAAACCAGAUUGGCCGACCCACACACGCUUUUACUCAAAGGAUAGACAAUCUGACAGGAUUUCCUUCGGUUGACUGACUCACAUCUAAAGAGUAUUGCAAAGACAAACUCACAGAGUCUAUCUAGUCAUGAAAAUGUAUAUAUUUAAAUUUCAGCAGGCAACUAUUUUUACAGCUACUUUAUUAUUCCAGCCACAAUUGCUCACAAUGUAUAUACCACAGCUGUUGGUUUGUUUGUUUGUUGGUUUUUUUGUUGAUGUUUUUUGGUCUUUUAGUGGCAGCAGCAUUCAAAUUUCAAUAUUUAAAAAUUCAGACUUUUUCUCGCAAUUCCGAGAUUAUAUCUCACAAUUCUGAUAUGAAAAAUCAACUAGCCAUUAUCUCUGAUAAUGCCUAUAUCCCACACGUCUGAGCAAAUAUUUGAUAUUUGAGCAAAAGUAACAAUUAUGACACAGUUGUUAUCAGAUUUCUUUGAUUUCAAAUAAUACAUUUAAUAAAGUUUAGUGAACAGUUUUGUAUAAUUUUUUUUCUCCAUUAAAUGAGAUAGGAGUUGCUUUUGCACGCCCGAGAGGCGAUUCACAGAUGGCCGCCGAGUGACAUGACUUGUCUUAAAAGGACUUUGAUCAAUACAGAUGGAAAACUUAUUCAGUAUAGCUUGGAGAAUAGAGUAGCUUUUCAAGUUUUGACUUUAUUUCAUUUUAUUUUUUGUUUGUAGCAUACAUGUCUGGUCCUAAUAAUUCCAAAAUAAUCACUGACAGCGCUUCACCUGCCACUCUCACUGCUACACAAGAUUAAUCUACUCAAACAAAGCUGGCUUGGCUUGCUCAUUCUGCUCACUCUUCUUUCCUUUCUUUGAACAGAGCACUCUUCUGAGCAGAGACUCGCUUGUAGUUUGAUGUCUCAGAAACAUAAUGGGGAAGUCACCACGCUUGCAAAAACUCCACCGCCAACACACACUGAUCCAGUGGAGCACUAGCGCUCUGGAAGGCAGGUUUGUGAGGUCUGGACAUGAGUGUUGAAAUAUAACCUACCCCUUUGGCUCAUAGCUUUGACAUUGAGCUUGGAUAAAAUAUAGAGUAUUCAUUCAUGAGGCUCACUGGACAAGAGACUUUUCCUGACAGUUUAAUGGAUUUGUAUUUGAUGAAAACAUUUGCCACACAGUGGAAUGAUGAAGUUUACAUGGAGCAUUAUUGGAUGUUAUAUAUAGCAUAACUACUAGCAUGGUUGCCCUAUCAACACCAGCUUUACUUCCCAGACAGCAAGCAGUUUCGGCCUAGAUCUGGCCCACAUUUGGCCCGCAUGGAUUUCAUGCAGGCCAGAUGUGGGCCGGUUCUGGGCCGAAACUGCUUGCUGUAUUUUCAUCUAUAUGCAUAUAAUUUUAAAGUGCUUCAUAUGAAUGGAUUUUUAAAUUUGCUAAAUUGUUACAUUCUGACAACCUAUAUGAAUAAACAUUCAUAAAAAAACAAGACACUUGGUAACUGCUGUGCUAGCUAACUGUGCUUUUGCACAUGUUUGCACAUAAUAUGAAUAUUAUUGCAGAUCUUGUUACAAACUCAUGCUUUUAUUAGUAUGUAAGAUACAGACAAUUUAUUUUUCAAAGUAACAAAUUAUAAUAUUGUGUGUCUUGGGAUGACACUGGUUUCCAUAUGCAAAGCUGAGCAAAGACUUAAAGAUAAAAAAAGAACAAGAUUACAGGGAGUCGGUUCCAGUGGUUUGUUAUUAAUUAUCAACCAAUCUCAUCAUAUUAGAUAAACAAGAAAAGAUUUUCAUUGAAUUACUGUUGGUUGUGAGUUCAUUGAAGCACACAUCUGGAUCAUGUAGUUGAAGAUUUCUGACAAAAAAAAGUACAAUGUGGAGCUGUCUCCAUUGAAACACUUCAGUAUUAGUACUGAAUACCAGCCUCACAUAUAAUCAUUUAUCUUGUAAAGGCUCAGUCAUUGUUAUCCGUGGUACCUUAAGUUAGUGUUAAUAGUAACAGUGUGACGUAUAUGUACUGGAGACAAGUGGACACUGCACACGCCAGCGGUGACAUCAUGGGACGAUGUGCUCAUCAUUCUGGUGUUGGUUCUGUUGGCGAUCAGGCUCUCAGACCGACAUCGCUGUGUCAGAUGUCAGUCUUCACCUGCAGUGCUUUAACUAGUUACAAGUCUUUUUUUAUCUUUAAAUUGAUGUUUAUAUAUGGUAGCUGUAUCAAGCAAAGUGCUUUUGUCCAAAUGCUUAAGGAAGUUAUCGAUAUAAUUAAAAUUUUGCCAUGAGGACUAAAAUUCAUGGUAAUACAACUGUUUACAUUUUUCACAUUUACUGCCUUAUGGAAUAUGUACAGUGCCCUCCCUAAGUAUUGGAACAGUAAAUACAAAAUAGCUUUCUCUGGUGUGCAGUUAAGACAUUUGCAAAUAUGAUUAAAAGAUGAAUAUGCUACAAAACUACAGAAUGUCACAUUUUAUUAUAAAGUCUUACGACACACAUUUUACCAAAUUAAAAGGACAGCACUUUUAGAGUUCAUCCCACUAUUUGAUGUGAGCAUAAGUAUUGGAACAGCUGAAUUCAAGGCAUAUGUAAAUGAUUCAAAGCUAAUAUUUUGUUCCAGAUCCCUCACAUGCAAUCAGAGCAGUGAGUCUGCAACCCAUAGACAUCACCAGACUCAUGGUCUUAUGCUUUUCUCCAGCCUUUAAUGCAGCCAAUUCCAACUGUUAAUUGUUUGGGGGAGUUUC